AUGAGCGAGUUCCAGCUCAUCCUCAGCCCGGCGCAGCUCACAAAGCACUAUGAGGUGCUACAGUUUCUCAGCCGCCACCCGAACCAGCCGUACACCCUGGCGCAGUUGGACUCUCUCCUGCCGCGUGGUGUGGCGGUGCAGCGUUUUCCAGCGGAGUGGUUCGCGCUCGUGGAAGACGGCGCCUGCUGGCAUCGCAGCAUUGAGCUGCAUCGCACCCACGGCACCGUCGCCACCGCCUCUUCCCCAGCAUCGUCCACACCAACAGCGGAGGAGCGGGCCCGGUAUGUGCUGCUGUGUGCCCGUGCCGAGGUCAACACACUGGAUGAGCUGCGCGCGCGCAUCGAGUCCCCGUCCACGCUGCUGGACCCGGAAGGCUGCGUCGCACUGCACACCGAUCAAAUCGUCAUCUCAGCAGAGCUUAUCCGGCGAGCGGUUCACAUGGGGCUAGUGUACUACUUCCCGGACACGUACGACAAGGCGGAGUACAAGCAGUUUGGCAUCCGAGACGCUUCAUCUUCGGCCAGUGGUGGCGCGGCGGCGGGAUCUGGCCCGGAUGGGGGCACAGGCAGCGGCAGCAGCAGUCGAGCGAGCAUCGGGCAAGCGACCGCGUCUCUGCGGGAGUCUUUCCUAGAACGCGAUGAAGCCUAUGGCGGAGGGAGCAACGUUGGCGGUGACCGCACCUACGUUGCCCUCCCGCCCGGUGUCUGCGUACAGCAUCGCCUGCUAACCCGCCGCGGUGUGCCGGAGCAGGAGGCGUACUCGCUGCCGACGCGCUUCUACGUGGGGGAGCGGGUGCUCCUCCUCUUCGACAACCUGGUCGCCGUGAAGAAGUUAGGGCUGCCAAACAAGCUGCAUGUCGAGUGGUCACUGGCAGGCGUGAGGCUGACAAACACGGGGGACACCAGCCAGGCAACCGGGGAGGGGGGGACAAGUCGACUGGAGGCGCUGGCCGCAGCGCAGCCGCAACCGCUCCGAAUACGCCGUGAGAACGUUGCGGUGCGCAGCACAUCGGCUGCAACGACGGCCUCCGCUACUAUCGAUGCGCCCGCGCCAAUCGUUGUCAGCACCAAGGUCAAGGUGGAGAUAGAGGCGGUGCAGCCCUGCACGCUCAAGCUGAUCCUCAUUGUGAACGGUCUGGAGAAUGUGCUGAACCUCGAAGUUCGAGAGAGCGCUGUGAGCCUGCCGGGCGUACUCGUGCUGCGCGACCGCCACCUGGACAGCUUCGCCCUACCACAGAAGAGCGUCCUUGAGGACCCCAUUGUGAAUCCCUCGCCUUCAUGGCGGUACCCGUAUGAGUCGGUGCUGCACUCCGCGAAUUCAUCGUCGUCCGGGGAGUGCAGCGACGACGCAGCGGCACAGUGGGCGACUGCAGCUGCGGAGCCGUGGACGGAGCUUGUUCCUCUCCCUUGGACACAGAACCCAUCUCCGGCCGUGCUGGCGCUGCGGGAGGCGACGUACCCGGCCCAGGACAUCACUGUCCGCGCCGCCACCCGCGCCGUCUUCUCCGCGCAGUCCCUGGCAGACGCGGCGCGGCUGAGGGAGACGAAGGAGCGCAUGCGUCGCGAGGCCGACGCUCGCGCCGGCGCCGGUGGGGGUGGAAAGCGGCGGCGACGACAGCAGCCCCGCAGCAACUUGGUGCUCAGCAACCGCCAUCUCCUCCACUUCGGCCUUGACUUCUCCAUCCCCUUUGUGAAUCGCCGCGAUUAG